UGUCCGACUUGGAACGAAUCGUUCCACUGCUCGACGGCUUUGGCAACAAGAAUUCAAACAUCAGCUUCCGCACAGACGACAUUGCCGAGCGCAUGGCCCAAACGAUUGCGAACGUCAAACUCACUCCUUCGAAACCUGCAAAAAGUUUCGAUACCUUCGACACAUACAGGCAGCUGGCCGUAGCCUUGGAUAAGCUAGGGAGUCCCCAUUCCAUCAGCGAAACCAUGUACAUCUUUAGAGACAUUGUGGAAAACGAACCCAGAAAAGACAAGAUUGUACGCGUCUUAGACGAACGAGUUAGAUCGGCGCGCGCGGUAACCGUCUCCACAUUCAAGCCAUUGGAGCUUCCGGAGCUUUCAAAAGUCCAGAUUGAAAUCAUAUAAAGAACCGGAUUAUCGACUCGCAAAAAAAUAUCCAACAGGCGUGUGACAAUGGAGUUUGCGAACCGAACGUGUACGCAGAAAGGCAAGGGACCUUGUUGGACCUGGCACGAAAUAACACUGAUGAAUUCAAUCCUUUACACAGUCGGCAUGGAGCUGAAAGAAACGAUCGACGAGCCAGGCGCUUUCGCCCUGAGGGACUUCUCGAGAAUCGUGUUUGUCCAAAACACAAACGACUUUCGCAGCCCGGACUACGACUGCCGCAACCUGCUCUACUCGCUCCUACGCUACCACUCGUGCAUACGCUGUGUGGAGUUUUCGCAGUACGUAAUCGGAUCUUCGACUACCAAGCGGCUUUACGGAGCCAUGAAACACAACCGGGGACUGCGUGCGUUCGAAAUAAAUGUCUUUCAGGAGUUGCCGUCCGAACUCCUCGACGCCUGGGGAACCCUGACCAGACUGGAGAAGCUCGUCCUCGUCUGCACAAACGUGCCGUGCCAAAACCAAUUCGCCGCAUUGCUGGCGCGUCUUCCCCUAAAGUGGAUAGAACUCGUUCAGAUAAACAGAGGAGACGAGCCCGUAGAUCUUUUACGAGACGUCGCACGAGACCCGAGGCAUCUGCAGACGCUGCGUCUAGAGUCGUGUGUGGUCAAUCACUACGCUAGCGGCCUAUGUCAGAUCCUGAGACACAAACGUUGCGUCGUUAAAGACUUGACCCUAAAAUGCCGCUGGCGGGAUGCCGCCGCUGUAGCCUUUGCAAACGCCCUGACGGAGAACCAAACACUCCGACGACUGAACUUCGACGGUUCACAAUUCCCUCCGUCGUUCGUCGAGCGUCUCUCGGACUAUAUCGCCUCGAACCCCGAAGAGUUGGAGUCGUUAGUUUUGUCGCGAUGCGCUCUGACCGACACAUCGGUAAGGACCAUCGCCCGCGGUCUGAGUACGAAUAGGACUCUACUCAAUGUCGACUUUAGCUACAACAACCUUUCGCACGCCACUCAGUCGGCAUUGCUACGAGCGUUGACAUUCCACUGUCCAGUCGUAGGUGAUAGGAAACGGGAGUUGCUACUGUGCAACUACGACUCGCUCGACCCUUUUUGGGGAUACGAUUUGCACGUCAUGAGCGUAGAGAAACCGACGCAGGCGUCGUGUGCCAAACUGGGCGGACGGACCCUCGACUCCAUUCGCACCAUGAAACUUUUUUGGGACGACUACCUCUACGACACAUGCAAGAUUCUACUCAAGUCCAAAUCUCUACGAAAGUUGCACGUGAAUUUCCCACCAAGCGACGAGAUCGCGUCAAACUUUAUCACCCUAGCUGAUUUUCUCAAAGAAACGACGUCCGUUCGCGAAUUUUACAUCGAUUCGCCGUGCAGCACCACUUGCAUGGCGACCUCGAUCUUUAAGGCUUUGGCCGAUAAUCGAAGCGUGGUCGUGUUCCGGUGGCCAGAGUGCGUGAUAGACGAUAGGAAGAGCGAUCUACUCAACGCUCUGGAAGAGCUAUUUCGAAAAAACAAGACUCUUAUCGACCUCUCCAUCGGCGUCCACCCCAACGCGCACGAAAAGGUGGCUCGUGCGAUCGGCGAGAACAUCCUGUCGUUCGACUACGCGUCCACCUAUCGGUCGUUUCCGAUGAAGGAGGUUCUCGGGAGGAAUCUCUACCGCUGCAACAGGGCUCUAGAUCUCGUUAGAGACCCCUAUUGCGUGACGGCAAACCUACCCGUCAGUACUGUCGCGAAACUGGAAAGCGUCCUUUUUACGAGCUACUUUGCCGAGCACUAUGCUCGGGUGGUUGGCGAUGGUCGACUACCCGAACUGUUGAAGCGUUAUCGCCAAUACGUUGCGCGGCAUUUCUUCCGACUCGUUGGUCUGAGCUCCGACAUGGCUACCGACGCCAGCCCGUUCAUGAAUUACGAUUGCUGGUUCGAAGUGUCUUCGAAACUUAAAUUGAGCGACGUCGUUUUCGAAAAAUCUUUAGACGACCUUAUUACUACGUGCAGAACUUGUUUGCGAGCCAUAGCUCUCCACCACAAAAACUUUCGCGACGCCUGCCUCUGUCACAUUGAGCAACAUCCCGUUGGUGUUUCAAGGUCGCCUACGAUGAUACGAUAA